AUGGACUGCUUGAGAGAAAUAGAAGGCAAACAAGCUCAUGAUCCCUUAUUCAUCGAGAAAAUGAAUAAGCCCUCGCGUUGCGUCUGUGUUCCAGGUCCGGUGAUCGUCGGCGCUGGGCCUUCAGGGCUCGCGGCGGCUGCUUGUCUUAAACAAAGGGGUGUCCCUAGUGUAGUCCUAGAGAGAUCCAGCUGCGUGGCCUCUUUGUGGCAGCUAAAGACUUAUGAUCGCCUCCGCCUUCACUUGCCGAAGCAAUUCUGCGAGCUUCCUCUAAUGGGGUUCCCCAGCGAUUUUCCAACCUACCCUACUAAAGACCAGUUUAUUGGGUACUUGGAGGAAUACGCUAGGAAGUUCGACAUCAGGCCACAGUUCAAUGAGGCUGUGUCACACGCGGAGUACGAUCGAGUUCUGGGGUUCUGGCGCGUGAGGACGGUAGGGCUGAAGGGGGAGGAGACGGAGUACGUGUGCCGGUGGCUGGUGGUGGCAACGGGGGAGAAUGCGGAGGCGGUGGUGCCGGAGAUUGAAGGGAUGAGGGAGUUUGGUGGGGAUAUAAGGCAUACAAGCCUUUACAAGAGCGGAGAGGAUUACAGAGGGAAAAAAGUUUUGGUGGUGGGGUGUGGGAAUUCGGGAAUGGAGGUGUGCUUGGACCUAUGUAAUCAUAGCGCUAAACCUUCACUCGUGGUUAGAGAUUCGGUGCAUGUUCUACCACGAGAGAUGCUAGGAUCAUCAACUUUCGGGCUGUCCAUGUGUCUUCUCAAGUGGCUGCCCAUGCGUCUUGUGGAUCGGUUCCUGCUCAUAGUGUCAAGGCUCAUGCUCGGUGAUACGGCUCGACUCGGAUUGGAUCGCCCGCAAUUGGGUCCCCUUCAACUCAAGAACCUGUCUGGGAAGACCCCAGUGUUAGAUGUUGGGACACUGGCCAAGAUCAAAAGUGGAGACAUUAAGGUUUGUCCAGCUAUCAAGAGGCUGAAAAGUUAUACUGUUGAGUUCGCUAAUGGGAAAAUGGAGAAGUUUGACGCCAUUAUAUUAGCAACAGGUUACAAAAGCAAUGUACCAUCGUGGCUGAAGGAAGGAGACAUGUUCUCGGAGGAAGAUGGAUUCCCUAGAAGGCCAUUUCCAAAUGGAUGGAAAGGGGAGAGUGGGCUAUAUGCAGUGGGGUUCACAAAGCGUGGGAUAUUGGGUGCUUCAAUGGAUGCCAAAAGAAUAGCUGAAGAUAUUGAAAUGUGUUGGGAAGCCGAAGCGAAACACACCAUGGCCUUUGCUCGAUCACUCAUGACGCAAUCAUCAUCACCCUGA